AUGCGUUACUCAUUCACCAUCACUGCCUUGAGCCUCCUCUCGUCGGCUUUUGCUAUCACCGUCACCACUCCUUCAUCAGACACGGUGUGGGAUUUCUCCACUGCCAAAACUAUCAAAUUUACUAGCGAUCCUAGUGAUCCUUCAGUGAUCAGCAUCAUCCUUCGAAGUCAGGAUGGCUCCUUCCAGACUAAAUUGGCGGAUAACGUCAAGACCUCUACCGGCGAAUACACGACGCAGCCUAACCCUAGCAUUUCCAACGGAGAUGACUAUGAGAUCCAGAUAAUUGAUUCUGCUGGCCAGCUCGCUGUCAGUGACAUUUUUACUGUCAAGAAGGGCGCUUCGGAUGAUGGUACCACAUCCUCCUCUUCUUCUACUUCCUCUUCUUCAACAUCGUCUUCUACCACCACUAUCACAACUACCACCUCCCUUUCCUCCACUUCUUCCACUUCUUCUUCAUCCAGUCCGACCACUUCUACAUCGGUCACCUCAGCCCUUAUAUCCUCGGCAUCGCCAACUUCCAUGUCAUCGACUAGCUCCACCACCACCACCUCCCUUUCUACCUCUUCUUCCAAGAACUCGUCUUCCACCUCUUCCGACAGUUCAUCCACCAGUGCCUCUGCCUCCCCUCUGUCGUCGACGGGUGCGUCGUCUCAGUUGAGUGCUUCCAAGGAAGCCAUGGCUCUGCUUGGUGCUGCUUUUGCGCUCUUCUACGUUUAA